GAGUUUUAACAAAAUAUACUCUAUAGUCUAGAUGUUGUUGAUCCUAUUACACGCAAUUCUUCAUCAUGCUGUGGCUGACACAAAUGUUGCUUCUGAGAUCAACACCUUCGGAUUGAAACUCCUGCAACACGUCCCACCUGAUGAAAACAUAAUGAUAUCCCCGUUUUCUAUUUGCACUGCAGUCGCUAUGCUCAAUGUUGGUACUUCUGGUGAAACUAAGAAACAGAUUGACUCUGCUUUUGGCUGGUCUGAUUCUACAGAUUUAUCAGGUCAAUACAAGGACUUUCUGACUAAAGUUGAAGGAUCUGAAAAAGACAAGUUUACCCUUUCAUCGAAUAACCGUCUGUACAUCGACAACACAUUCACCCCUCUGCAAAGUUAUUCUAAUGAGCUUACUACUAACUUUGGUGCUGAGGUUGAAGCUGUUAACUUCAGUAAUGGUGAUAAUUCAGCAACUGUUGAACAAAUAAACACAUGGGUUGAAGAAAAAACGAAUGAUAAAAUCAAGAAACUUUUCUCUAAUAUCGGCAGUAAUGUCCGAGCUAUCUUGAUAAACACCAUCUACUUCAAGGCAGCAUGGGUAGACCCAUUCAACGACGUCAUAACUCAGGAUGCAUUCUACCUUGAUGAAGAAUAUGCAAUAAAAACAGAUACUAUGCAUCUGGAAGAGAGUCUGCCAUAUUUUGAAAACAAUGACAUUGAACUUGUUAAACUGCCUUACGCUAGUGAAGGAUCACAGAGAGUGAGUAUGGUGAUAAUCAAACCCAAAACGCGAGCAGGUCUAAGUAGUCUUGAAAAGAAGAUUGGGUACCAGUUCUCUGAGGUUUCUUCUUGGGUGAGCAGUGUUGAGUACGCAUUGUUAGAUCUCUCAAUGCCAAAAUUCCAAUUUGAAUCUGGAGUUGACAAGCUGAAAGAAAUUCUCAUUGAAGAUUUUCAGGUUUUAGAUGUGUUUGAUGAAAAUAAAGCUGAUCUUUCUGGAGUUAGCUCUACUGAAGAUUUAUUUGUUUCUUUCAUUACUCACAAGUCCUUCAUAUCAGUGAAUGAAAAUGGUACUGAAGCUGCUGCUGCUACAGCUAUUGGUAUGAGUGCAACAUCCGUAGAAAUAAAACCCAUACCACGCGAAGUGCUGGUGAACCAGCCGUUUAUGUUUUUGAUCUACGACGAAAGUAACGAGGUUGUUCUGUUUGUUGGUCGGAUGGUACAUCCUGACUCUGAGAAGGAUUCUGACAAGUAUCUUGAAAGUAGGUACAUUAGUUCGGGUAGUUCUAGUAGCGCCAAGUUUGCUGGCCAGAGCUUGCUGAUCUGUGUUGUGGCGAUAGUAUUGCAAUAAAUAAAUGAACAUGUUUAGAUAUUUAUAAAUUCAGUUAUAGUUGGUACUUACUUAACAAAUAUUAAAUUCAAUGCUUAAGUUAAUUAAGUAAUACAUUUUCUAAAGGUUUAGAAUCAUUAGUCAGAUACACGGUAACCGUGAGUAUUUUUAUUCUUAAUUUACCAUAUAAUUAGUAUUUUUUAGUUAAUUUUCAGUGUAUAAUACAAGGAUAUAAUAGUUGGAAGUUUUGUAUUAAUUAUUAAUAUUCAAAUUGUACAUCCAAUUUAUAGUUUAAUAACCACAGAAAUUUCAAAACUAUUUAGAGGCUUUUGGGCAAUUUAGUCUUAGUUAAGAACCUUCUUGUAUUAUUUGACAAUAGAAGAGUGCAAAAUGAUUGUGACAAUUAUUUUGAUCCAUAAUGUUUACUAUGUCAUCAUGAUUAGAAAUGAACUAUCUUAUGUACUGUAUUUUAUAUUUUGUAAAUAAUGGUAGAUUUGGCAAUUAAAAUUGUUGUUACGUAAUACAUAUUAUAAUGCUAACUGAAAACAUGUGUCUUGUUCUAUGAAAA